UGCAAAGAUCAAUUCACAGAUGAAUCCUAAGUGUACGAGCAAUUUCUCACCUUGUCCAAUAUAAAUGACCCCUCUAGGAUCUCCAUCUUCACAUAUCCCACCCUACAUCACUCGUACACAAAACACUGGAAACACCAAGCACACUCUCAAACAUGGAAUCUUCAACUCUUGCCAUCCUCCUAUCUCUUCUCUUCACAACCCUCCUCUCCUUCACCGCCCGCCUCCUCCUCUUAAGUAACCAGAGCCGCCGGAGACUCCCGCCCGGCCCGCCGCCGCUCCCCAUCAUCGGCAACCUCCACAUGCUUGGCCACCUCCCCCACCGCAGCCUCCGCCGCCUCUCGGCACGGUACGGGCCAAUCAUGUCCCUCCGCCUGGGCCUCGUCCCGACCGUCGUUGUCUCCUCACCUAAGGCGGCAAAGGCAUUCCUCGGCGUCCACGAUGCUAUCUUUGCAAGCAGGCCCAAAAGCCCUGAAGCGGAGCUGGACUUCUACACCACCAAGGGCCUCGUCUUCACCGAGUAUGGCCCGUACUGGAGGAGCGUGCGGAAACUGUGCACCACACGCCUGCUGAAUGCAGCCAGGGUCCGGAGCUUCGAGGGCGUGAGGAUGGAGGAGGUGGGCUCGCUAGUGGCGUCGCUGAAGGAGUCCGCGGCAGUACAUGAGGCGGUGGACUUGAGCGCGCGGGUGGCGCGUGCGAUGGAGGACAUGGCGUGCAGGAUGAUACUGGGGAGGAGCACUGACGGCGAGCACGAUCUGAAGGGGAUCAUUCAGGAGGCGGCGAGGGUGGCUGGAACUUUCAACUUGGCUGAUUACGUGCCUUUCCUCAGACCGCUUAAUCUUCAGGGGUCGACUCGGCAGUUCAAGGCGGUUCGAAGGUCGGUUGACAAGCUCCUAGAGAAGAUUAUUGACGACCACGUGCAAGACGCCGCUCAUUAUGACAGCAAACAUCAGCAGGAUUUCAUCGCCAUAUUGCUUUCGAUGAUGAACCAACCCAUUGACCCUCGUGAAGAAAAAUAUAUCAUAGAGCGAUCGAAUAUAAAGGCCAUAAUACUGGACAUGAUCUCGGGUUCGUUUGAGACGUCGUCGACCUCCAUCGACUGGGCAUUUUCCGAACUCAUGAGGCAUCCGCAGGCAAUGGCACGCCUUCAAGGAGAGCUAGAAGCCAUUGUUGGCUUGACUAGAAUGGUUGAGGAGUCAGAUCUACCAAAGCUAAAUUACUUGGACAUGGUGGUGAAGGAAAGCAUGAGACUUCAUCCAGUUAUACCAUUACUAGUUCCCCGAGAAUCCAUGGAAGAUGCGGUCAUAAACGAAUGCUUCAUACCGAAGAAGUCACGAAUCAUCGUGAACGUAUGGGCAAUUGGGCGAGAUCCUAGUGUGUGGUCGGAAAACGCCGAAGAAUUCGUACCCGAAAGAUUUGCCGACAAUGGCAUAGACGUGAAAGGGAAUCAUUUCGAGCUGCUUCCUUUCGGUUCAGGACGUAGGGGAUGCCCCGGAAUUCAGUUAGGUCUGAUACAAGUGAAGCUUGUUUUGGCUCAAUUAGCACAUUGCUUCAAGUGGGAAUUACCCGACGACAUGGUACCGAGCGAUAUAGACACGAGCGAAAGAUUCGGCUUAUCAGUUCCAAGAGCUAAUCACUUGUUAUCAGUGCCGACCUAUCGCCUGCUUGUUUAGAUCCCUAAAAAAUGAUGCCUUUUUACUUGUCAGCAAUUCUACUUCUACAGGAAAAUUGCCUA